AUGCUGCCUGAAUUCUCGAGGCUGGCGCACGGUCUCCGUAGCGGGAAUAUCACGAUCCUAGAUUGCAAAACUAUUUACAUUCCGAAUCUGCAUUACGACGGCGCCGGUCCAGACGCUUAUUUCUGGAUUGGAAACGGCUCGGAGCCCAACACGUUUGUUCAAAGAUUCCUAGUUGGACGUUUUUUCCUUCACGAGUUGGAGAAACCAGUUGGCGGAAGAAAGAACGAAAGAAAUUAUGAACUUUACAGCUUGGCGCCGUUGAAAGGUUACCAAGGGGAAGACAUCGAGAUCGUCCUGCCCGGGAACUUGACCGUGCACGACAUCGACUGGCUGUCGGUCUGGUGUGUCCAGCACAAGCAGAAUUUCGGGCACGUUAUGAUCCCGAAGGACCUGGACGUGCCGCCGGCUCUCGGACAAACGAAAAUCGCGGUAACUCGAGAUGGAUUGCCCAUGAACGAACUCGCGAACCUCAUUUCUUUACCGCCUUGGUGGUACGAUCCUGUAAGUAACGUAGAGUCUAUAUCAAACAGACGACAUCCAUGUCUCAGUAAACGAUCAUCACGUUUUGCGUACGCGCGUGUUACCCGCAAUGUGAAGGGCGAACGACCGCGAUGUCUUUUACAGACGAGCAGCACGCCGUCACCACCGGACAGGGACACGCCGCCGUUGUCGAAGCUCGAGCUGACCAACUGCAAGGAGAUGCUUGAAGGCCGCGUGCAAGUCCAGUGGGAGAUGAUCGGCGACGAUAUACAGAUCAGAGUGUCCGGCCGAAUCAGGGAGGACCAGUACGUUGCGUUCGGCUUGUCCGGCAGCGAGGGCAAGUCCGAGAUGAUCGGCGGCGACGUGGUCGUGGUCGCUUACAACAACAGGACCGGCAAAUUCAUCGCGGAGGACUACUACAUGUCGGGUUACGCGCAGUGCGACGGUAGAAAGGGCGUGUGUCCGGACGAAAGGGUCGGAGGGAAGAACGAUGCCGUUCUUGUGCACGGCGAACGAAAGAACGGCGUCACCACAGUUACCUAUAUGAGACCUAUGAGCACGAACGAGCCGGUGAAGGACAGAAUGAUCCCGAACACAGAGACGAGCGUGAUCGCAGCGAUAGGUCCUCUGAAUCUCCGAGGAGAAGCCAAUGCCCAUCAGAGCUUCGACAAGACGACCGAGGACAUUCGUAUUGAUUUUACGUCGAGGAACGUGCACGAGUGUACAAAUUCCCUGUACAACCUGCCGGACAUGUCUGACAUCAAACCCUGGCCGCCAGCGAUAAUCACCAACGAAACUACGUUCAGCGCGAGGAUCGGACCCGCCGGUGGCGAAAGAGGAUACACGAGUAUCACGGGUAUCACCCGUUUUAUAUCACCGACAGUCCAGAGGGUGGAUUCGGCCAGAAGACCGAGGAAGAGCAAAUGGCACAAACGGUGUUUGCCGGAGUAGACCGCGACGCGGCUGGAUAUUUUUAUCCCACGGCGGCUGGUCGCUACUGCGAAUGGGUUCACAAGACGAUAGACAUGAGCGCGGAUAUGGAAACAUUCGAGAACUUCUUUGAAACCCUUAGGCUGGAGUGUAACCAGGGUGAGCCGGCUAAACUUAUUUGGACCGUGGCCGAGGACACUCCAGAUUUGGUUUACUACCAGGUACGAUUCGUGAAAAUAUUGUUGGCAAGAAAUGACACCAAUGAUGAGAAGGUUGAACUUGGAAUAAAAGAAAGUACAAAGUAG